UCUAGUCUGCUUGAUCUCUUUAUCACCUUUUCCCUACUUUUCUUCUCUCUCUCUCUCGGUGAUCCCUGACCUAGGUAUUAGCUAAUUUCAUCACCUUCGGUCUCUCUACUUAACAAAACCUCUCUCCUCCAUCGCUUUGAAGAUUGAUUAUUAGAUCACAAAAUUAAGAGAGACCAAGAAGAUCAUCACUGUAGAAGAAAAAAGGAAGAAGAAACUAAUUAAGAGAGCUUGUGAAGGAGAAAAGAUGAGUUCGACUAAUAUGGGAAGUCAAUUUGGAGACGCUACUUACACCAAGGUGUUUGUUGGAGGCUUAGCAUGGGAAACCCACAAGGAGACGAUGAAGAAAUACUUCCAACAAUUUGGAGAGAUCGUGGAAGCUGUAGUUAUCAUAGACAGAAAUACUGGAAGAUCCAAAGGAUAUGGAUUUGUAACUUUUAAAGAAGCAGAAGCCGCCAGGAGAGCUUGUGCGGAUCCUGCGCCUGUGAUAGAUGGAAGGAGGGCAAACUGUAAUCUUGCUUCUUUGGGCGUCCAAAGAUCCAGACCUUCCACCCCACAACGUGGAGGGGGCAGGAACUUUAGGGUGAUGAAGUCUUUCCACGCAGGAUUUCAUGGUAGGGUUGGAACCCUACCUUUUCCUUCUACGCCAACUCUUCCACCCUAUGCCAUCCAACAAGGGAUCCCCUACACUCUAUAUGGGUACCCUCACAACUACACAUGCCCCACGAGCUACUAUAGCUCAUGUGGAGGAACAAGCAGCCAUUAUCUUGUAUAUGGGACAAUGGCAAAUGGCAUAGAAUCUAGUUCAAAUUUCUACCCGUACAUGCAAUAUGGGGUAGGGUUUGAUUUCCAGUAUCCUCAGCACCAUUUCCAGUAUCCCAUUAUUGCUUCAUCUGGUGUCCCUCCACAGCACUAUAGCCCGCCAAUUUCCCUGAAUGCCAUCCCACAUUCUCAGGCAGCUGGUGCAAGUGUGAGCACAGCUCUUUCUGCUCCAACCCCAACUGUUGCCGCCUUGGCACCUCAUUAUCCUUCUCAGAUAAAUUCUCUUCUUCCCAUCAGCAGCGUUUGAGCUAUAUAUGUUACUUGAUCAUGACGGAUCAUUGCAUCUCUCACAUCAUUAUUAUUCUCCUUCUCCUCCUAGAGUUCACUUCCAUAUAAGGUCUCCUUAGAUUCUCUCUAUUUACGGACCCAUUGCUCAAAAUCCUUUCGAGUCUUUCAAUCAUAGCAGAUCUUGAGUUAUAAGAGGGGGGAAUCUGAGUAUUUAACAAAUUUUGGAUAAUGCCUUAUCAAACGAAGCAAUUUGUCUAAGAUGCAUUAGAUUACAGAAACAAGUUCACAGAGUGGGAAACAGUACAGGACUGCAACUCACAUUCAUUAGAUCACCCUGUAACAUCCAGAUGCAGGGCCUGGAAUGCCCAAUGGGCUCUUUUUGCUAACACCAAUAGAGCAGUUUGCUCUCUACAUCCUCUCAUUCUUCUCCCUUGGAAGGGAAUAUAUUUCAGUUCUUUGAUCGUUGAAUUGAAUUUGUUUCUUAAUUAGUUUUAGUUGUAAAGGAUUCGUUGUGGCUAAGCCAUUUGGUGUCUUAGCGUACAUGCAAGAGCUCAUGCAUGCUUUUGUGAAAAUCUCACUUGUGAAGAUCUCACCUGAGGUUGCUACUGUAGUACUGCCUUCUCCCUCAUAUCAUAAUCAUCAUCAUCUCUCUCUCUCUCUCUCUCUCUCUCUCUUUCUAAUGGGCUACAUUUCUGAUGAGAAUACAUAUUUUCUUAUAGUUGUCAAGUUUUGUUUGAAAUAAGUAGCUUUCUUUGUCUGUUCCUAGAUUGGCUUGUGUAACAAGUGGGCAACUGAUGCCAGUAGUGUCUCAAAUUUAGCAUUUGAAGCACGAGAAGAAGUCCUAAAACUACAAGAUCACAGCUCCAUUAUGGAUAAAGAGAGUUGUUUUAUUGUUAAAUUGGGUUGUUGGGAUUUUAGAAAAAGAUUAUUGCUUAGUUUAAACUCUAUGGACCUCAAAUUGUACUCAUUUCUCUUAGUCGUCACUCGAUGCCCCCAUUGCAUACUUUCUCA